AUGGCUGAAGUCAUUGUUAACAUCUUAGUGGGAGUGUUGUCUGAGAAGUUAGCCAAAAUUGAAUUCUCGAAGUUGGGUCGACCUAAAGCAAUCAAACCUCAGCUGACAAAAUGGAAGAAUGAUAUGCUGAUGAUCCACGCUGUGCUUGAUGACGCAGGCCAGAAGCAGAUUUUUCAAAAAGCUGUUGAACUGUGGCUACACGAGCUCCAGGAUUUGGCUUACGACAUAGACGAUAUUGUUGAUGAUUUGACCACCGAAGGUAUGAUACGCAAAUUUCAUCAACAAUCUCAUGCCGGUACCAGCACUAGUAAGUUCUGGAAGAUCAUGAUCCCAAGUUGUUGUACUAAUUCCACUCUUAGAAAUCUUUUUCGUGAUCUUGGGUUGGGUUCUAAGGGAGAAAAGAUUACGAAAAAAUUGAAUGAUCUUGUUGAUCAGAAAACUAAGUUGGGUUUGGAAGUGAAUGUGAGAGUUGAGAGAUCAAAUAUACCAUUGGAGCAGACUUCACUGGUUGAUGAGUCCAAAGUAAUGGGUCGGGAAGCGGAUAAAGUGGCUUUGCUGAGGAAAUUGUUGGGGAAAGAAGCAUGUAAUCAAAAUGUGAGUGUUGUGUCGAUAGUUGGUCUGGGCGGAAUUGGCAAAACAACUCUUGCGAAAGUUUUGUACAACGACAAGAAUGUUACCGAACACAGACAAAGUACAGACACAAGUGCACCAACAAAUGUGAAGAAACACUUCACGCUCAGGGCAUGGGUUUGUGUUUCAAAUGAGUUUGAUGUAUACAAUAUUAGCAAGGCCAUUUUUCAAGCUGUAGGUGGAGGGGAGGAGCAGUUUAAUAGUUUGAAUCUUCUUCAUGAGGCCCUUAAAGAAAAACUAGAAAGUAAAAGAUUCCUCGUUGUUCUAGACGAUGUCUGGAACGAGAGUCAUGACAAGUGGGAGAGACUCCGAAGCCCUUUUGCUGUAGGGGCACCCGGAAGUAAAAUCAUCAUCACCACCCGGAAGACCAAGGUUGCAACAGUGAUGAACUCAGUUCAAGCUUACAAUCUGGAGGGUUUAUCAAAUGAGAUAGCUCUGUCUUUAUUAGCUAAAUACACGCUUGAUGAAGAAAACUUUGACAACCAUCCAUCACUUCACUUGGAAUGA